AUGGAAAUCAGUCAGCUGUACAUAUACCCCAUCAAAUCCCUUCGGGAAGUAGCCGUUCCCGAGGCUGUCCUCACCAGUACCGGCUUUCAGUAUGACCGGUGUUUCAUGUUGCUCAAGGUCAACCAAAACGAUGAUGGUGUCGAAACCCUCCAGAACAUGCAUGUACCGCAUUUCCCCGAAAUGAGUUUGUUUCUAACAGACAUCGUAUUCCCAACUGAGGGUGAGAACAAUGGAAAGAUCAUCGUGACAUAUCGCCCACCAGGAGUGAAAGACAAUGGUAAUCCUCAGGUUAAAACUUUGGACAUACCAUUAAAGCCAGACGUGCAGGGGUUGGAAGAAUUGACAGUUACAAUGCAUCAAAGUCCGACAAAGGGUUAUCAUAUGGGCAGCAAAUAUAACGACUGGUUUAGCCAAUGUUUCGGAUACAAGGUGGUUCUUGUAUACUUGGGCCCACAUUUGAGGAGGGUCUUAGGAAGCUUCCCACCGGGGAAAAGUCAGGCACAUCGUGAACAAGUGACUCCACUUGUUUCUAAGCGGUCGGUGACCGUCUUGGCUCUUCUGAGCUUGCUUCUGAAUAUCAGUGUGCCACUUGGACAGAGAGACAUUACCUCGUUCAUUAUCUUUGUACUAAUGACUACAACUGUUGCUGUUCUCAUGGCUCUUGGUGCUAAUAGAUACGGAGCUGGAGGCGGUAAAACGAAGGAAGAAAGAAUCACGUUUGCCGAUACAGCACCGUAUCUUAUGAUAUCAGAAACUUCGGUAGACAACGUGUCUGCCCGCUUGGCUGGCGACGAGACGAUGGACCUGAGAAAAGCCCGGCCAAACAUUGUCAUUUCGGGUGCUAAAACGGCUUUCGAGGAGGAUUUCUGGGCGGAGCUGAUGGUGGGAGAAAAAAUCCGACUCCUGUUGACGGCGAAUUGUAUCCGAUGCCAGAGCCUCAACGUUGACUAUAUGACAGGGAAAAUGAGAACAGGCGACAGUGGCAACAUUCUUAAGAAGCUGAUGAAAGACCGGAGGGUAGACAAGGGCGCAAGAUUCUCCCCUGUGUUUGGGAGGUAUGUGUUCCUAGACCGGGACUGCGAGAACGCCUCCAUCCGGGUCGGAGAAGAGGUGACUGUAUCCAGAAGGGUGGAGGAGCGGACAACAUAUGCAAUCAUAGAGUUUAUCUUCACCUUUAUCCAUAAUCGCGCAGUCAUAAUGAGCGAAUUCCCACCGUCGAGUCUUCAGCCCCUUGUCCAGGAGGUCUUUGAACUUCUCAAAGCGAAGAAGGAGACGAUAUCCGUUGCGGAGACGGCCGCUGGCGGACUCAUUUCAGCAAGCCUGCUCUCUGUUCCUGGAGCGUCAGCUGUCUACAAGGGUGGUUUGACUGUAUACACCCUGGAAUCUCGGAUCGCCUUUGCCGGAUGGACUCCGGCUCAUCUGGAAACCUACAAUGGCCCAACGCCCGCUAUUGUGGCCCAAAUGGCCGACCACGUUCGCCACACUCUCGGUUCCACCUAUACAGUGAGUGAGAGUGGAACAGCCGGGCCGACCGGCGGGACGACGAGGAAUCGCACUCCAGGCUACGUAGCUGUCGCAGUAUCAACUGCACAUGGAACGUACACACGAGAAGUGGAGACGGGCAGUAACGAUCGGCAGAAGAACAUGGUUACCUUUGCUGAAGAGAGUUUGAAGUUGUUGAAGGAUGUGCUUGUUGGGAAGGCAAAUCUAUAAACCACCGGGACACUUCCUGUGGUUUGUGCUUAAAGAUAAAAAAAGACUAGGAUGAGACAAGAAUUCUUCCUUUUUUAUCGCAUGAAAUUCGCGAUCCAUGGUUUAAACCUAAACCCACUUUAGCUGGUAAAUUUGGUCUUCAUCUCGUACUUUCGUAUAUGACCUGGAUUGACUUCAUUCUAGCGUCUUUCUGGAACAUGGAACUGAGUAGGUAAUCUGUACGCUGGAUGCCUUAUUUUCUUGAGGUCAUCAAGGUACUAUAGUAUCACACGGAGUACU